AUGAUUUUUUCAAUAAUUAAAAAUUUAUUACUUUCUAUUGUAUUUAUAUUUACAUUGGUAAAAAUAUUAUCAUUCAAUAUAGUAAAAAGAAAUGGUGAUAUGAUUAUUUUUUUCACAUUACUAGUUUCGGUUGUUAUUUUAAUUAAAAAAAUUAUAAAUAAAUUAUCAAAUAGAAAAUUGGAAAAAAAUAAAGAAUCGAAAUUUAUCAUAGAAUUAAGAAAAAAAAUUUCAGAAAAAAAAUCAGAGAAACUAAACGAAUCACAAUUUAAUGUUGAAGAAAGAAAAUCGGAGCAAAAACCAAAAGAAUCAAAAUUAAUAGUUGAAAAAAAAUUAGAAGAAAGAAAAUUGGAGCAAAAACCAAAAGAAUCAAAACUAUUAGUUAAAAUAAAAAAAAGUUUGGAAGAAAGAAAAUUGGAGCAGAAACCAUUUGAUGAAUUAAAAAAUAAAUUUGAAGAAAGAAAUUGGAAUAAAACAAAAGAAUCAAUAUUAUUAUUUGAAGAUGAAAAAAAAUUGAAAGAAAGAAUAUUGGAGAAACCAAAAGAAUCACCACUAUUAAUUGAAAUAAAUAAAUUAAAAGAAAGAAAUUCAAAGAAGAUUGUCAAAUUAGAGGAAAUGAAAUAUUUAAACAGUAAUCUAAUAAGUUCUUCAUGA